AUGAAUUGUCAUCAACUGAAUAUUAUUAUCUUUGUUUGGGAAUUGGUUAAUUUCUCGGGAAUCGGUUCGGAAAAAACAUGUGCUCUAAAUAAACUUUUUGUUUGCCCUAAUGGGGAAAGUUGCAAACAAAUAGAAAACUCUACUACUCUAGGAUUUUGUGAUUGUAAAGUCAAGUAUAAACGUAUAACUGAAGGCGGUGCUUGUAUAAAACUAGAAGAUUCUGAUCAUUCUUCAUUAUCAACAUCAGAUAAUAUUAAUUCUGAAAGUUCAUCAGUUUCGGCUAUUGCUGCAGGAGUGUUUACAACCCUUCUACUCAUACUCCUAACGAUAGCCCUAGUUUUUGCAGCUAAAAAAUACAGAUGGAUACAUAGAAUAAGGGAAAAAGCUCAACAAUACAGAGCGAGACAUUAUGACACAGUGUUGGUUAAUCAAGAGGAUGAUCCACCCUUAGCUUAA